GGUUUGAGUGAGUAUAUUAGAAAACCUAGAUUAACUCUUUCUUCCUUCGUUCCUUCUUCCUUCAUUUCCAUUUGCGCGAUCGAUUCAUUCGAAUAGGAAUUGAGAGAAGAAGAGUCUCUCUUCUCAAACUCAACUCUCGUUCCUUCCAUUAUUAUUACUAUCUCAGAACCACUGCUGCCAAAGCAACAAACCACCCAUGGCUCUCACCCUUCACGCUACCAAGGAAAACAAAAAUGCUUACAAGACUCUAAUUACCGCUGAAUAUGCCGGCGUUCAAGUUCAAUUGGUUCCAGAUUUUCAGAUGGGUGUUUCCAACAAAACUCCUCAAUUUCUCAAGAUGAACCCUAUUGGAAAGGUUCCUGUCUUGGAAACCCCUCACGGUCCUGUCUUUGAGAGCAAUGCCAUUGCUCGCUAUGUUGCCCGAUCCAGUGAAAACACUUUGUUUGGAUCAUCUCCCAUUGAUCAGGUACCUGUAGUGUCAACGAUUUUUAUUCUGAUAUAUAUUGCAUAUCACUGUUUUAGACGCUUAAUUAUAUCUUCCUUUGGAAAUGUCCUCUUGUUUCAUUCUCUUUGUAUUUUGCUGUUUCAGGCCCACGUUGAUCAGUGGAUUGAUUUUUCUUCUUUGGAGAUUGAUGCCAAUAUUAUCAAGUUGUACCUGCCAAGACUUGGAUUUGCCCCCUACCUUCCUCCAGCAGAGGAGGCUGCAAUUGCUGCAUUGAAGAGAUCAUUUGAGGCUUUGAACACUCACCUUGCCCAAAAUACCUAUCUGGUGGGGGAUUCUGUUACCCUUGCCGACAUCAUUACAACAGUCAACUUGUAUUUGGGUUUCUCUAAACUCUUGGUCAAGAGUUUCACCUCAGAGUUUCCUCAUGUUGAGAGAUACUUCUGGACCUUGGUCAACCAGCCAAAUUUCAGAAAGAUAUUAGGCCAGGUUAAGCAGACUGAAGCUAUGCCACCUAUUCAAUCUGCAAAGAAGCCUGCCCAGCCUAAGGAAUCAAAGCCCAAAACCAAAGAAGAACCAAAGAAAGUGGCUAAAUCAGAGCCCGAAAAGCCCAAAGAAGAAGCUGAAGAGGAGGCGCCCAAGCCCAAACCCAAGAAUCCUCUUGAUCUUCUUCCUCCAAGCAAGAUGGUAUUGGAUGACUGGAAAAGACUCUACUCUAACACUAAGACUAACUUCCGUGAGGUUGCAGUCAAUGGAUUCUGGGACAUGUAUGAUCCGGAGGGAUAUUCUCUCUGGUUUUGUGACUACAAAUACAAUGAUGAGAACACUGUUUCUUUCGUGACACUGAACAAGGUUGGAGGAUUUCUUCAGAGGAUGGAUCUUGCUCGCAAGUAUGCAUUUGGAAAGAUGCUUGUGAUUGGAUCAGAGCCUCCAUUUAAGGUGAAGGGAUUGUGGCUUUUCCGUGGUCAAGAGAUUCCAAAGUUUGUCAUUGAUGAAUGCUAUGACAUGGAGCUAUAUGAGUGGACCAAGGUUGACAUCUCUGAUGAAGCUCAGAAAGAGCGUGCCAGUCAGAUGAUUGAAGAUGCUGAACCUUUUGAGGGUGAGGCUCUUUUGGAUGCUAAGUGCUUUAAGUGAAAAUUGUUCCUAGUUCCCAUUGAAAGGCUAUGGUUUUGUCGUGACUUUUUGGUAGAGUUUCGUUUCUUUCCUAUUUUCUGCUAUAGUGAAGUUUGAGAUAUUUUGUGAUUUUAUCAACGUUGAAACCUAAAUGCUUGAUUGUGGUAGAUUAAUUUUGAUGGUAGCAGGACCAGUAUUACUUACAUGUUCUAUAAUUCUAUAUUUCUUUUUGAUGUAUGCAUGUGUGAAGUUCGUUA